UCCGGCGCAGCAUGGGGCCGCGCGGCUGGCGGAGGCGCGCGCUGGCCGCCGCGUGUCUCGGCUGCGCGCUGCUGCUGUUCCUGGGCGCCGCGCCCCGCGCCCUGCGCUCCGCCUUGGAAACCAGGGCGCUGGGCUGGCUGAGUGGGCAGAGGAAGACCCCCCUGCAGAGGCUCUACGAGCUGGACCAGGACCCGCGCUCCGCCCUGGCCGAGGUGCACCGGCAGCGGCGCGACCUGCUGCGCGGGGCCUGCAGCCGCCACACGCGCCGCCAGCGCCUGCUGCAGCCGUCCGACCUGCGACACGUGCUGGUGGACGACGCGCACGGCCUGCUGUACUGCUACGUGCCCAAGGUGGCCUGCACCAACUGGAAGCGCGUGCUGCUGGCGCUGCGCGGCGGCGCCCCGGGCCGCGACCCGCGCUCCAUCCCCGCGCACGAGGCGCACGCGCCGGGCCGCCUGCCCUCGCUGGCCGACUUCGGGCCGGCCGAGAUCAACCGGCGCCUGCGGACCUACCUGGCCUUCCUGUUCGUGCGCGAGCCCUUCGAGCGCCUGGCGUCGGCCUACCGCAACAAGCUGGCGCGGCCCUACAGCGCGGACUUCCAGCGGCGCUACGGCACGCGCAUCGUGCAGCGCCUGCGGCCGCGCGCGCGCCCCGACGCCCGGGCCCGCGGCCACGACGUGCGCUUCGCCGAGUUCCUGGCCUACCUGCUGGACCCGCGCACGCGCCGCGACGAGCCCUUCAACGAGCACUGGGAGCGCGCGCACGCGCUCUGCCACCCGUGCCGCCUGCGCUACGACGUGGUGGGCAAGUUCGAGACGCUGGCCGAGGACGCCGCCUUCGUGCUGGGCCUGGCCGGCGCGCCCGCGCUGCGCUUCCCGGCCCCGCCGCGCCCCAAGGCGGCCGCCGCGGCGCGCGAACUGGCCGCGCGCCUCUUCCAGGACAUCAGCCCCUUCUACCAGCGGCGCCUCUUCGACCUCUACCGCAUGGACUUCGUGCUCUUCAACUACUCGGCGCCCUCCUACCUGCGGCUGCACUAGCGCUGGCGGGGCACUCCCCCAGCGGGCCUCGGUGGCCGCCGCAGAGCCGCUGAGAUGCGCCCCAGCCUGGGCUGGGCACCAAGGAGGUGCAGCUGCUCCGCCAAGGCCCCCGGAGGAGGGAGUCAGCGCUGCCCGCGGGAAGCGCCGCAUCGCCCUCUACCUGGUUCCCCCCGCGAGCCUCACCUUUGGGUGCAUACACCUCCCGAGGCUGCGCACCUGUGUGCCUGGCGCCGGGCCGGCCUCACACUUGACUCUUGGGUCUCUAAUUCCCCCUGCCGCAGGCCCCCGGAUGGGGAGAAAUGGAUGAUCAGUAUUUAUGGCUUUUUUUUUUUUUUUUUGCUUUUUGGGUCUCACCCAGCGAUGCACAGAGGUUACUCCUGGAUCAUGCACUCAGGAAUUACACCUGGCGGUGCUCGGGGGACCAUAUGGGAUGCUGGGAAACGAACCAGGUCGGCCGCGUGCAAGGCAAAAGCCCUAUCCAUUGUGCUAUUGCUCCAGCCUCUUUAUUUUUUGUUUUCAGAUCGGGUCCACUUACUGGUCCACACUGCCCUGGAGCCUGCUGAUGGGAGCAGCGACCUGUGGUCCUCAGCAGUGCCCACCCCAAGUCUCCCGCCAGAUCCAGCUGUUCUUUCUGGCUCCUUCCUGGCUGCCCGGUCCCCAUUCUACCCUGGGUCUCAGCCUGGCCAGAUGCCCUGUGUAUGCACCCACGGGACCCAGGGUACUCCCCGGGAUGGGCUCUCUCUCUCUCUCUCUCUCUCUCUCUCUCUCUCUCUCCCCCCCCCCCACCCCCUUGUGUGUGCAUGCGGGUGCAGCCGCCCGGCCCAGGUAUGCAGGUUUCUGGCACAGCCCGUUUUUUAAUAAAUGUGUUUUGUUAC